UGUAUUGGGGUGCACGAUCUAUUUCCAGCGUAGGGGCAUCUAGUCAGUCGUAAUGGCCCCGGACAAAUAUUGAAACAUAAAUAUUUUGCAAUUAUUUCAGCAUUUAAAAUUAUCACAUUAUAAUCUUCAAUAUUUUCACAAUAUAAUGUAGCAAUAGCAAUGCAAUAUUUAUAGCAUUUAAUCUUCAAUAUUUAAUUCAAAAUUAAUAUCAAAAGGUAUUACAACAAAUUUAACAAAUAUUGCUUAUUCACUAGACAGUCCAGUGCCGGUGCUGGCGGAGGGCAAACGCGUGCCUUGCACGCGGGCGGCCGGUUUAAGUAGGCCGCCAAAGGUUGCCCUCGAAGUCUUAAUGUUUUAUAAAAAUUAAGAAACAAAAUCUCCCAAUUUGUAAAACAAUAAUAAUGUGUAAAAAUAAUUACAACACACCUCACAUAAUGUGAAAAAAUAAUUAAUAGAAUAUCAAGGAAUAAAUAAUUCUAAUAAAAAGUAUAGAUUAAUUUUAAUAAGAGCAUUCUCUCUCACCAGUUUGUCCAGUGAAUAAUAUAGAUUAAAAUCUCAAACAGAAUCUAUACUACAACUGGGCAAGCGAUUAUGUUUUUUAUGCAGUUAUACUGGGCCCCGAUUCUUGAAUUCAUUCGCAAGAGAAACGUAUUCGCAAAUUCUGUUCUUACAGAAAAGUUGGAAAUUUAUUGGCUAUCGUAUGACUUUUAACCAAUAAACUUGCAACUUUUCUGUUAGAGCGGGUAUUUGCGCAUACGUUUUCUUGCGAAUGAAUUCAAGAAUCAAGCCCCUGGAGAUUUUCUGGUAGCGGAGAUUCAAACAGUAGAACAGCACUCUUGGCGACGCCAAAUAGAAUGCCUAUAAGAAGAGUUAGGACAAUUCGUCGCCAUAUACAGCCAAAUUUACAUUGGUUACUCUAAUUUUAUCAUGUUUAGGUUGGCGACAUGCCAUGUGAAGUGCGAACACGUGUACAGUGCACAGUGUUUUGUUAUGGUGAAUUAAAUUAUAUAUCAAUAUCAUGAUUAUUAAUUAAAUUAUUUAUUUAAUAAUAACUUAAUAAUUUAUAUAAUAAAUUAUUAAUAAUAAUUUUAAAAAAUUAAAAAUAAUAAUAGUAAAAUAAUAAAUUAAUAGCUUUAUAUAUACAUAUAUAUAAUAAUAUUGUUAAAUUAUAUGUACAAAAUAUAUAAAACACGAGUAUUUUUGUAUUUUCUACAAUUUUAACGCGGGGCGGCAAAAAAUAGGUUUGCACACGGACGGUCAAGUGUCCAGAACCGGUCCUGAUUAGCCAUUUAAUAAAGAUUAAAAAAGAGGCACUUUGUCUGACAGAUUAGUUGUGUCUGUUGGAGAGUUAAGUAUCUCAUUGAUAGUAAUAGCGGUCAGAAACUCUUAAAUCAUUUUUACAUUAUAAUGCACAAAUAUUAAAACACAGCACACUGCGAGAAAGCUUUUUGAAAGAUGUACUGUAUGGGACUGUACUCAGCUUACGUCAAAGCGAGAAAAAAAAUUAAUGCCAAUAAAGCAAAAGUAGGAAUGUUAAUAUUUUAGAAAGUUUUUUAUAUUUUACUUUAGAAAUCAAAUAAUAUAUACAUUUUAUGUCUAAAAUAAAAUUCAAUAUCAAGUGAAAAUGUCAAACAAUUAUCAAUAUUGGCAUUAUUUACAAGGGCGAAUAUUGUCUGUCUUAAGACAUUGCUUGAAAUUGAACUAUGAAUACCGGCCUUUGAUGCUUUCUUAACAGAAUUUUAUUACGUGACUAAACCGCGAUAUUUUAUUGGUUGCUGAUUGCGAUUGACGAUUGUAAAAUAAAGUAUAUAGUCUAAACAAUAGUCACUAAUCUCAAUCGCUGUCUGCUUUAUUCUAAAUACUCUAGUAAAAUUUAAACACAUAAGAAUAUAAUAUAUACAUAACAUUAACCCUUCGUCUGUAAACGAAGGUCGUUUUUGUCUGAUCAAUAAUUUCUCCUUCUACUAGCUUAGAGAUAGAAAAGGGGAGUGGAUUUUAACCAUGUCUCUAAAAAUUGUACUAAGGUAAGGAACGAGUCCCCUAAGGGUCGCUGUCGCAGUCUCACAAUAGCCGUUAUAGCAGGCAGCUGGAAUUUUAUUUGGACGAAAUCGAUCCCCGUUUACAGACGUUUAUCAAAACGGAGAAGAAAUGAAAACUACCGAUAAGAAUGAAUGGGACAAGGAAAGAGAAAAUGAAGAAAAAAGUUCUUACUCUCUAAAAAUUAAGCAAUCACACAUCGUACAAAAAGUGAUAAAUCGGCAAAUAUAUAACAAUAAAUUAUUUCAAAGGAUAUUCUGCAAUUCUCUAUUUGCAGUAGAGCGACUUACGCCUAUAUAUAAGCUGGAGAUAGGUGAAUUAAAUACUAUACAUAGUUUAAACUUUAAUCAAAAAGGAAAUUUAUUAGCGGCUUGUAACAACGAAAUUAUUAUUUGGGACUGGGCUACAAGGAAAAAACUUCAUUGCUUCCGGAUGAUUCAUAGUUACCAAACUACACAUGAUGUCAAGUGGUUAGACAAGGAAUAUUGUUUGGUCACUUGUACUUCUGAAGGUCAAAUACUUUUACGGGAUUUUGAACACAAUAUAUCAAAGAUUUUAGCAGUUCAUGACAAUGCAGCGGAGAAAUUGGCUGUGCCAAAUUUUGAAUCAUCUAAUACAAUCUUUUCUGCUGGAAUAGAUGGAAAAGUGAUUUUAACAGAUAUCCGAGAGAGCGAACCAAAUGUAUUACUUACUGUUUUUAAAGAAGGUUCUUUGUCAAAAGUAGCACUAAAUGAUAUACGUUUUAAUCCGUUAAAUAAUAAUGAAUUUUGCGUAAGCGGUAAUUAUAAUUACAUAAACAUAUACGAUCAACGGAAAGUUUUGACACCACUUUAUUCAUUGUGUCCGGAUCAUCUGACAGAGGAUACGGACACGAACGUAACGUGUGUUGUAUAUAAUGACAAUGGAACCGAAAUUCUUGCAUCGUAUAGAUACAAGGACAUAUACCUGUUUGAUAGAUUAAUGUCGUCACCUGUAAGCUAUACUCAUAAAUAUCAGGGCCAUUUGAAUAAAACGUUUGAUUCAAUGGAAGCUAUUUUUUUUGGAAACGAAUAUGUCAUAUCUGGAUCUGAAUGUGGUAAUAUAUUUAUUUGGGACAAAAAUACUGAAACAAUUGUACAGUGGAUAAAAGCAGAUAAUAAAGCUGUGAUUCACUUAAAAGGACAUCCGCAUCUUCCCAUUCUUGCGACAGAGGGAAUGGAUAUUGGUGUUAAGAUAUGGAUGCCUUUGGGUGGAGAACCUCCGGAUAAGGAAGCACUCGCUAAUAAGGUAGCGAAUACAUAGUUUCAGACUCGGAUGAGGAAGAAGAUGAAUAUCAGAAUGAUCCACAAAAUCACUCCCUCUUUGAUAAGAAGAAGAGAUGCAGAAUCGUCGAGGAUUGAAAGACAAUGCCCUUUUUGCUUAAUGUCCAUGUAUGACGAACACAGAGCAUACAUCUGUACUGCAUAAUUCUGGGGAGGAUUAGAAAAUCUUAUAGGUUUUUAAUUAAUUAAUUUUUGAUGUUUUUCUGAAUUUUUUACUCAUUUAUGUGAUUUUUCCAAAAGAAAUUUUUUUCAAUAAAAAUUGCGUUUACUUCAAUACAAAAAUAACUUGUUUUUGUCUGUCUAAAUAAAUAUCUUUUUUGGAACGCUUAUUAUACUAUCCUACUACUUUUUCUCAUAAAGUGUCAUAUCUUGAUCUUAAUCAGUUAAAUUUUCAGCCCAAAAUAU